CCCCCUCCCCCUCCCCCUCUCCCCCAGGCUCGCGCGCCCCGACCGCCCCCUCCCCUCCCCCUCCGCGCCGCCGCGAUGCCCCCCCCUGCGCCCGGGGCCCGGCUCCGGCUCCUCGCCGCCGCCGCCCUGGCCGGCCUGGCCGUCAUCAGCCGAGGGCUGCUGUCUCAGAGCCUGGAGUUCAGCUCACCCGCGGACAACUACACAGUGUGCGAAGGUGACAAUGCCACCCUCAGCUGCUUCAUUGAUGAGCACGUGACCCGGGUAGCCUGGCUGAACCGCUCCAACAUCCUGUACGCGGGCAAUGACCGUUGGACCAGCGACCCCCGGGUUCGCCUGCUCAUCAACACACCGGAGGAGUUCUCCAUCCUCAUCACCCAGGUGGGGCUCGGGGACGAGGGCCUCUACACCUGCUCCUUCCAGACCCGCCACCAGCCCUUCACCACCCAGGUCUUCCUCAUUGUCCACGUCCCCGCCCGUAUUGUGAACAUCUCCUCCCCUGUGGCGGUGAAUGAAGGAGGCAAUGUGAACCUUCUCUGCCUGGCUGUGGGAAGGCCAGAGCCCACGGUCACCUGGAGACAGCUCCGAGACGGCUUCACUUCAGAGGGCGAGAUCCUGGAAAUCUCCGACAUCCAGCGGGGUCAGGCCGGGGAAUACGAAUGCGUUACUCACAACGGGGUGAACUCGGCGCCGGACAGCCGCCGCGUGCUGGUCACAGUGAAUUAUCCCCCGACCAUCACCGACGUGACCAGCGCGCGCACCGCCCUGGGCCGGGCUGCUCUCCUCCGCUGCGAAGCCAUGGCGGUGCCGCCUGCCGAUUUCCAGUGGUACAAGGAUGACAGGCUGCUCAGCAGCGGUUCGGCGGAGGGCCUCAAGGUGCAGACGGAGCGCACCCGAUCCAUGCUUCUUUUUGCCAACGUGAGCGCCAGGCACUACGGCAACUACACCUGUCGCGCAGCCAACCGGCUGGGAGCAUCCAGCGCCUCCAUGCGGCUCCUGCGUCCAGGAUCCCUGGAGAACUCAGCUCCGAGACCCCCGGGGCCCCUGGCCCUCCUCUCCGCCCUGAGCUGGCUGUGGUGGAGAAUGUAGGUGUCACCCAGUGCAGCGCACCUCCCCCCAGCAGGGCCUCGGGCCAGGAGCAAGGGAAAGGGGGUGAGCGAGCGCCACGGGUCUCGAGGGGGACAGAAGAGCUCUUAGCCACAGAGGAAGAGAGAAGAGGAGGAGGAAGGUCUUUUAGAGAACCCAUCACUGUGAGGGAUAACGCGAAAUUAUGCAUCUUUCUACGGCCAUUCUCACCCCCGUUCACGUUCCCAAUUGUGACCCACCCCCAGGCACCCCGAAACCCUCUCUUAGCUCAGGCUGUCAACUGGCUCGUGUGUGUGAGUGCGUAUGUCAUGUAUGUGAGUGAGUGUGAGUCUGCAUGUUGUGUACGUGUGUGAAGGUGUGCUGGGGGAGGGAAGCAGGGGACCUCCCUCUCUGCACCGACUCUCCCAUGGCCCCUGUCCGUUCCUGCCGCCUCUCUUCCUCUGGCUGGAGGUAGGUAUGGGGGCUUCAUGGUGGAAGCUUUGAUGAAAAAUUGCCGGCUUCCCACCUUCCCAUAUAUGCA